AUGGCAGAACCGCAGGAGAAUACGGCUGAACUUGGUUGGCCCGAGUUCAUCAAGACACGGGUCGUUAACAGUAUUACUGACUCUAGUGUCACGAACAGACUAGAAUUUUUAAACCAUUCCCUUCUCAUUCGCCUUCGCCGAAAAGAUCUGCCUGUGGAAGCCCUACCUUCUUUAUUACACCUUAUUCUCCUUACUAUUCCUCGUUACAGUGAUCGUGCUUCACGUGCAGCUAUUUGUGAAGUUCUAAAAGUUUUAAAUGACUGGAAUGCUGAAGUAUUUCAAAAGACUAUUAUUCCAGUGGUUGGUAGAGAAGCUGAAAAGUAUGGCAAGCGUAAAUCUACAGGUGAAUGCAACUCAUCAGCAGCUGAGCGCUUUGUAUUGCUCACUUGGGUCAAUGUAUUAUUUACUUGUGCCUUGAAACGGGUGACCACAACAAGUGAAAGUGCUAAAAUUACCGAUCCACUUUUCUCCAUUAUUUUGAAUGCACAAAGUAUUUUGAUUGACUCACUUGCAGACGAUAGUAAAAGGAGUAUCAGUAAAAGUGCUUUGGCUGAUGUUAGACGAACAAUUCGGCACAACGCUAGUUUUAUUCCGCAGAUCAUCGAUGUAGCCCUUGCCAACGCACAGACUUGCACUCCUUCCUACAAAAACGCUGUUUUGAUCGGCACAGUGAUAGAUGUCAGUUUCCGUUUAAAGACACGUUCGGAUGGGAGAGAAAUGGUUGAAAAGGAAGAAACUCGUUUAACAGAAUACUAUCUUAAAAACAUCAUUUCUUCUCGUACUCCAGUUCAUAGAGCAGCUCUGGAUGCAUUCCAUGACUUCAUUAAAAAUAUAAUCACCAAAGAGAAAUUCGAAAGUGAAUAUAUACCUGUGCUUGAUAAAAUGAUGCUUAGAUCACCCGAAAUUGUUUUACACGCGUUGUCCAGAAGUACACUUGCGUUUUCAUUCGACCCAUCUUCUAUAUUCGCAACAAAAUGGUUGGAUCCACUUCUCAAUCAUUUACGAUCGACGUCACCCACAACUGUUAGUGGUGCCAAAGCAUUAUGGAAUAGCUUGUCAAAAGUUUGUCACGAAACAGAAUCAUUGUUUAAGGUUGUAGAAGGAGUGUCCAAGCUUUUGACAAGCGGCAAGGUUUCUUCAUGGGAGCAUCGUGUUGCCUUGUACAACGCACUUUCAUCACUUGCCCGUGUUCAUGAUCCCGCUCUCAGCCAAAAAGUUUUAGAAACGUUUUUCACCAUGACAGCUAAAGAACCACAUGAACAAGCGAUGGCUUCCGCAGUUGAUGGUAUCGGUCGUCAUUUGACCGUCUCAAUUUACAAUGAUGAUUAUUGCUCAGCCAACGAAGAAUUUGUAGAGAAGAUAGUAAAGGUCUCGACUGCUGGUCUUGAAUCAGCCAAACCUUUGGCCCGAAAGACCUGGGCGAAUGCGGUUGGCAACACCGUUUGGGAGAGUCAACAAGGCACUAGCAAGGCAUUGAGCAGUAACAUCGUUAAGUAUCUCCAAGCUUUCUUUAAGACUUACAACAAAAUUGUUGAAAAACCUUUGAUAUGGAAGGAUGGACCUGUGGAAGCUUAUAUUAUGAUUGCCAUUAUUUCUGGCCGUAUUCAGCAUUGGCCACAUGUACCUCAAACUGUUGUUGACCUCUUGAAGACAGAAAAAUACCCAUCUGAUCUUUUAGUCACUGAACCCAAACCCUCUUAUCUUUUGUGGGAUCGUAUUUACACUAAAGCAACCAGUGCUGAGGAAGGAAUGUGGUUCGUACGAGCUCUUACCAGCGUUUUUUUGAAUGAAACUCAAGAGUCGCUUGAGAAGACGGGUGCAGGCUACUUAGCAGCUCAAGCUCUAAUUUGGAUUGUCACCAGCCACCCUGAAUACACAAUUCGUAGUGCAGCACACAAUGAAAUAUCCAGUAUCGCCGCUAAAGAACCUAUCAAACUUAGUCAUUUUAUGAAGCAAGGCCUUCAGCAAUGGCUUCUCGAUCUCGAAAAAAACACCAAGGACUCCACAGCUGUUAGUACAACUCAAGUUGAUAACUACAAUAAAGACAUUGCCACCUAUCGUCUAGCCAGUUUAUUAAAUGCUAUCACAUCGUAUACAGAUGAUCUUUCUGAAGCCACUAGAAGCGCUGAACUUGUUGAUUUGUUGGUGUUGGCUCAUCAUGAAUAUAUUGCUUCUCCCGGAGAUAAAUACAACUGGAUUACUUUGGUUCAAAGAGCCAAUGUUAAUCCUGGGAAACUGGUGCAGGAGCAGUCAGCCAAGCUCUUGGAGACCUUGAAAAGUGCCUUACAGAAUCCAGAAAAAUCUCAACUAUUUUACAAUGCAGUACUCUCUGCAAUUUCAACCCUCGUAUUUAUAUCUCCCGACCUCAUUCCUGAAUUCAUUGAGCUUGCAGAAGAAAAUUUGGCUCCAGAACUUAUGAGCGGCAUCGGUGAAUUAGAAAGUAAUAUUUGGAAACACUCUGUUAGUACUCCCUACGUUGACGUUCUGCAAAAGGAUAAGAAAUCUGAAAGCCGUGGUAAUAAGAAGGGUAGCAAGAAUGACGAGGAGUGGGAAGAAGAGCUUCGUGCUGAACUUGCUAAGAAAAAGGGUUUAACUCAAAAGUUAACCAAAGAACAACAAGCUUCUGUUGAUGCCCAAUUGAAAAAAGAAGCUGAAAUCCGUACAAAUGUUCAGAGUGUUUAUGAGAAGCUUACGCUUGGUCUGGCCAUUGUUCGCUCUCUUAUUCAUGGUAAUAAGGAGGAGAUGCCACAUUAUCUUAAUGAUAUUAUCAAUAUGUUAUUGAACAUUGGUAAACAAAAAGCUGGUCUCUUGUUGGAUGAUCAGUUGGUUGAAACUUACCUUCAUUUGGGUGAUUGUGUUGACGAAGAGAUUCAGUCUAUUUGUGAUGCUAUCUCUCUGUCCAUACUCCGUUCAAAUAACAUUCUUCCUAUUCCCUCUCGCUGGUUAGAUGAGCCUUUAGGUGCUCUUGUCACCCGUGUGCUUUAUCGUUUGCGUUUCAUUACAGAAAACCAUCCUCUGUCUCCUGCUUCUUUCGGUUUUGUCUUCCCCGCUCUUUACAAGGUUAUUGAACAAGGAGGUAUUGACUGUGGAAAGAAUAAUGAAAAUGCUCAGGAGCAGAUUACCAUGGCUGUCGACAUUAUUGGUUUCCAUUGUAUUCAUGGAGAAUCUCAUUUAAUGCCUCGUACUGAAACAAUUGAUAUUCUGUUGCGCAGUAUCAAAGACUAUCCUUCUAACAGCAAAACUGCUAGGACUUCCCUUGUCACUCUCUGUGAGUCCAUGGGUGAGACUGUUACUAUCAAAGAAAUCGAAAACCUUUUCCAAGGCUUAUUAUCCUCUGAAGUACUUGUUCGUACGGCUGCUCUUCAAGCAUUAGAACUUUUAGACCUUACUGACAUUGACUAUUCAUCCGAACUCUGGGUUGCCUGCCAUGAUGAAAAUGAAUCGAACGCUGCUUUAGCCCUAGAACUCUGGGAAGAUAAUGCCAUGGAUGUUGAAGAUGGCUUUAGAGAUAAGCUCAUUGAAUACAUCGUUUCCGACAAUGAUUAUGUUCGUCAAGCUGCCAGCAAAGCACUUGCAGAAGCUACUGAGCAAUAUCCCGAAACCGUUUAUGAUACCCUUCAAACUAUUUAUAGUUUGUACAAGAAAUUAGCCGCACCUCUUGAUCCUGAAUAUGAUGAAUAUGGUAUGGUAAAACCCGAAACUUUGGAUCGUCCUGACCCUUGGGAAGCACGUGUUGGUCUCUCUCUUACAUUGAAGGCUAUUGCCCCUUUCAUGCAACUCGAUAACGCUUCAGGCUUCUGCAGGUUUUUAAUUGAAGAUCAAGCCCUGGGUGAUCGUAAUGAACAAGUUCGUCGUCGUAUGCUGGAAGCUGGGUUAGCUGUCAUCACUGCUUAUGGCAAUGUUGAUGUUGAAGAGUUCCUCAAAACCUUUGAAUUAUACUUAAAUUCAAGCAAUGAUAAUAGUGACAUUCAAGACUUUAUUCGUCAAGCCGUAGUUAUUCUUUACGGUGGAGCUGCUGGUUACUUAUCUCCAGGUGAUGAAAAGGUCAAUGCAGCUGUUGAAAAAUUGAUUGAAACACUUGAUACUCCCUCCGAAACUGUUCAAAGUGCUGUUACGGAUUGCCUUCCUCCACUUAUUAAGAAGUGUAAAGAUGAAGUGCCUCGUCUUAUUAAGUUACUUUUAAAUAAGCUUUUCAAGGGAGAGAAGUAUGCUCAACGUCGUGGAGCUGCCUAUGGUUUAGCCGGUGUUGUCAAGGGUCGUGGUAUCACUGCUUUGAAGGAAUGCAAUGUUAUGAAUGCCUUAAAGGAUGCUGUGGAUAACAAGCGUGCUUAUGAGUAUAGACAAGGUGCUCUUUUCGCUUUUGAAACUCUAUCUGCUACUCUGGGCCGUUUAUUCGAACCUUAUAUCAUCCAAAUCAUUCCUCUGUUGCUCAUUUGUUCGAGUGAUGCUAAUAUGGAUGUUCGUGAAGCGUCUUCUGACGCAGCUCGUGUCAUUAUGAGUAAAAUUAGUGGUCAUUGUGUCAAGUUGAUUUUACCCUCUAUCCUGGAAGGUUUAGAAGAACGUCAAUGGCGUACAAAGAAAGCCUCUGUUGAAUUGCUGGGUUCCAUGGCUUAUUGUGCACCCAAGCAAUUGUCUAUUUCUCUUCCUAACAUUAUUCCACGUAUUUCAGAAGUACUGGCUGAUACUCACUCACAAGUUCAAGCUGCCGCCAAACGUUCGCUUCAACUCUUUGGUGAAGUUAUCAGCAAUCCUGAAAUUCAAGAACUCGUACCUGUUCUAUUGAAAGCUCUUAGUGACCCCAAUAAUAAGACUGCUCCUGCUUUGACCGCCCUUUUGCAAACCUCCUUUGUACAUUAUAUCGAUCCUCCAUCUCUUGCCCUGGUAAUGCCGAUUUUGGAACGUGGCCUUCGUGAGCGUGCUACAGACGUGAAGACCAGGUCUGCUCAAAUUGUUGGUAACAUGGCAUCACUUACUGAUCAGAAGGACCUUGUUCCGUAUCUCAAUGUCAUUUUGCCUGGUCUUCAUGAAGUCCUCAUUGAUCCGGUACCUGCCGCUCGUGGUACUGCUGCUAAGGCUUUGGGUGCUCUCGUUGAGAAAUUAGGUGAAGAGAAUUUCCCUGGCCUUGUUCUUGACUUACUCGAUACAUUGAAAUCUGAAACUGGUGGUGUCGAUAGACAAGGUGCUGCUCAAGGUUUAUCUGAAGUCCUCGCUGGCCUUGGUCUCGAACGCCUUGACGGUCUCUUGCCAGAAAUCAUUUCCAACGCUGAUUCCCCCCGUCCUUAUGUUCGUGAAGGUUUCAUUUCACUUCUCAUUUAUUUGCCAGCUACUUUUGGUACUCGCUUCCAACCUUACUUGGGCCGUAUUAUCCCUCCUAUCCUUAACGGUCUCGCUGAUGAAUCAGAAUACGUUCGUGAUGCAUCUUUACGUGCUGGUCGUAUGAUUGUUAACAACUAUGCUGUUAAGGCUGUUGACUUAUUAUUGCCAGAGUUAGAAAAGGGAAUCUUCGAUAACAAGUGGCGUAUUCGUCAAAGUUCAGUUCAACUUGUUGGUGAAUUGCUCUUCCGUAUUACUGGUAUUACGCACAAGAAUACUGAUAUGGCACUUGGCAAUGUCGAUGAGCUUCUAGAUGACGAUGCGGAUGCGGUACGUGAAGAUAGCGGAAGUGAUAACAAAAAGAAACAAUUGGUUGAGGUGCUUGGUAAGGAAAGAAGAGACCGUAUUUUGGCUGCCUUAUACAUUGUUAGACAAGAUAAUUCUGGUGUUGUCAGACAAGCAUCACUUCAAGUCUGGAAGGGCCUUGUUGCCAACACUCCUCGUACAUUGAAGGAUAUUCUCCACGUAUUGAUAUCAAUGAUUAUUAAGCUUUUGGCUAGCGAUAAUUUCGAACAGCGUGCUGUUGCUGGUCGUACUCUCAGUGAUAUUGUACAAAAACUCGGUGAAAGCAUUCUCCCUGAAAUUCUUCCCGUACUUGAGGAAGGUAUGUCAUCAGAUGAUGAGGAUAUUCGUAUUGGUGUUACUGUUGCCUACAGUGAAGUCAUGACGGCUGCAGAAAAGGUUCAAGUUAUGGACUUUGCCAAUGAUAUCAUUCCUGUCAUCAGAAAAGCGUUGUGUGAUCCUUCCGACGAAGUUCGUGAAACUGCUGCUCAAGCAUUUGAUACCCUCCAUCAAAAUGUUGGUGCUAAGGCAAUUGAUGAGAUCUUACCUUCAUUGCUUAAUAGCUUACAAUCUUCUGAUGAAACAUCUACCUAUGCCUUGUCAGCUCUUAAAGAAAUCAUGUCUGUCCGUUCCAACGUAGUUUUCCCUGUUUUGAUUCCUACUCUUAUCACCGUACCAAUCACUGAAUUCAAUGCUCGUGCCCUUGCUUCACUUGUGACAGUAGCCGGACCUGCUCUCAACAAACGUCUCACUACGAUCCUUGAAGCUCUAGUAGAGUCACUUAUGUUGGAAGAAAAUGAAGAGACUAAAGAAGCUCUCAAAUCUACUACAGAAGCGCUCUUGCUGUCCAUUGACGAUGAAGAUGGAUUGCAUACCCUAACUCUGGAACUUAUGGACUAUGCCCGUGAUGAUAAGCCAGCGAAGAGAGGAGUCGCUGCUGACAUUGUCGCUCAAUUUUUCAGCGAAAGUGAAUUAGAUGCCUCCGCUUACAUUCCUGAUUGGAUUCAUUUAUUAAUAUUACUCUUAGAUGACCCAUCUGAAGGAGUCAUACAGUCUGCUUGGAAUGCUUUGACUGCUGUCACGAAGUCUAUGUCCAAGGAAGAGUAUGAGCCAUUGGUUGUACCUACCCGUAACGCAAUAAAUGCCGUCGGUGUUGGUGGAAUUGACAUUCCUGGCUUCUGUUUGCCAAAGGGUAUCAGCUGUGUCUUACCGAUCUUCUUGCAAGGUUUAAUGUAUGGCUCUACUGAAAACCGUGAACAAUCAGCACUUGCUAUUGGUGAUUUGGUGGAUCGUACAUCUGCUUCCGCUCUUAAGCCUUUUGUCACUCAAAUUACUGGUCCUCUUAUUCGUAUUUUAGGUGACCGUUAUCCUGCUGAAGUGAAGGCAGCCAUUUUACAAACUUUAAGUCUAAUGCUUAAUAAGGUCCCUAUGCAUCUCAAGCUUUUCUUACCUCAGUUACAGCGUACAUUCGUCAAAUCUUAUUCUGACUCAACUAGCGAUGUUGUUCGUGAACGUGCAGCUGCAGCUCUCAAGGUUUUGAGUACAUUACAACCACGUGUCGAUCCAACAGUUGCCGAAAUUUUAGAGAAGGAAAACCUUUAA